AUGUCAGCUAUUCUUGAUAUGGUGCCCGCAUCUUCCGGCACGUAUGAUAGUUUGGUGGUGUAUGCGAUAAGUAUACAAUUCGAGCGUAAAGCGACACCAAGGUUGAUAAAUAAAAUAUGCUCUCAAGCCAGGUGUGUUUCUACUCUGUUGGCAGAUGACCGUGAUAAAGAUAAGUUCUAUGCAGAACUUCAACCGAAAUACGAUAUGGUCAUAAUUGGUGAGGAGGGAAGGAAGGACUGGAAUGGGCGCAUAGGUUAUAAUGCCGCUGCAAUGACUACUGGCAAAUAUGGCAUCGGAGAUCGGUGCGCCAAUAGAGGAUGCGCCCCACGCCUUCUUCGUUUCGCAGAAGAGCAUAAAUUCUUUGUUACUAAUACGUACUUUCGGUAUCGUAAAAAAUAUCUAAUCAGUCGAUCACCAACACUUCAACCAGAUUGA